AUGGCUGCCGAAGAGCCAGCGACAAGGAAAGAAGAGCCAGGCGAAUGGCUCCGCGUGGCAGAUAGCAGCGCCUUAUCCGAGAAAGACCGGCUUCAUCUUCAAGUGAAAGGACGAUACAUCUCGAUUCUUCGUCAUGGCCAAGUUCUGCAUUGCUUGGACUCGAUUUGUUACCAUACUGGUGGGCCAUUGGCCCUGGGUGACAUUGAAGAUGUCAACGGUGAACGUUGCAUCCGCUGCCCGUGGCAUGACUAUAGUGUACGCCUCGUGGAUGGUGCCAAGCCCUAUCAGUCCAUGAAGUUUGAUCCAGUCACCAGGAAGUUGAGCCCCGAUGGCUGGAAGUACACGCAGAAUACUCAACGCACUCAUGAGGUCAUGUCGAGAGCAGGUGAUUCGCCUGAAGGUGGCAUUUGGGUGCGCUUGAGCAGUGGGGGCAAGUUUGAAAGCGAUCAGUUCGCCUACAACGCGAGUGCCGCCAAGAACGUGACCAGCGGUGACAAAUCCUUUGCUCCAGAUGGCAAGAGUCCUGCAAGCGGCUAUAAGCGAAGUGGCGAGGUGCUGGCAGAAAUUCGUUCGGGCAAAGCGUCGCCGCCUCCCAUGCGAGCGCCGCCCAGCGAGGCUUUGUGCUUGGUGCCACACGAAUGGCGGCCCGUUCGGAUCCUGAGUAAGAAGCGAAUGACCAAGAGCAUGUGGCUCUUCCGCUUUGCUUUGCCAGAGGGUCAAUCGCUUGGAUGGAACGAAGUGGAACGACACGUGCGUCUACGCCUCCCGGGGUCAUCGUUGGAACGUGCGUACACGCCAGUGUCACCGCUGGGUCGUUUGGGAAGCUUUGAGCUGGCGAUCAAGGUCUAUGAGGAGGGCGCUUUGAGCUCCAAAGUCGUCAAGAUGGCUCCAGGGCAAUUGCUGGAGAUGUGCGGGCCGUACGGCGAUUGGACCAUCUGCUGGACAUCCCGAACGCUCACCAGGGCCGAAACAGAGACUCUAUCCUUUCAACGCUUGGUCUUUGUGGUUGCUGGCAGUGGCAUCACGCCUUGCAUCCAAGUACUUCAAGAUUGGGUGGCACAAGGUCACAGAGCCAGCUCCAUUUGCAUAGACAUCCUUUAUGCCAACCGCACAGAGGAUGAGAUUGCCUUCCGCACGGAGCUUGAGGAGCUGGUAAAGAGGUUCACCACUUGCAGCCUCUUGUUGGCGGUGAGUCACCCCGUGCGCAUGGCCGACUGGUCCGGGCCCGGUCGCCACGCGGGGCGCUUGGACGAGGCGGUCCUGGCGGCGCAGGCGUGGAGAGUUGAGGAGACGUUGGUCAUGGUGUGUGGCCCAGACAGCUUCAACAGCACUAUGCGAGCUCAUUUGCAGCACCUGGAGCUUCAGCACGUUUGCCUUUGA